UCAAAAAUGAGUGAAAGUACUUCCUCAAAACCCUUGAACUUCCUGAACUCCUAAAACACUUGUUGCUCGAUAUCAAGCAUUGUCUGGCUAAAAAAAAUUCCUCUCAAUCACUCAACAUUAUUCAGCUACAUCAAGACUGAGUUUCUUCAAUUUUUCUUAUUCUGCUUCAUUUUUUUUUUUCAUCUGUUUCUUUAUUUCUCUCUCUUUUUUACCUAUGUUUCUUUGAUUGAGUUUUUCUUUAUGUGGAACAUUAAUUUUUGUUAUGUGGGAGGUAAAAGUGAGAGUAUUGGAUUCGAUUUUGGGGCUUGGACAACAAGAACAGAGGUUUUGUCAUUAGGUUUCUUUUCUUUUUUUCUUUGAAAUAUUAAUUUUUGUUGUGUGUUAAGACUGGAGUAUUUGUGGAUUUAUUGAGGGGUUUUAUCUAUUAGGGUUACAUCAAAACAAGAGUUUUGAAAACUUGCUUGAAGGGCUAAGAAAUUGUCGUGGGUAUAUUGUGGGAUUUUGUUAUGUGGUGAAGAAUUGGUUGAACUUUUUACAUAUUAUGUGUUCUAAUUUAGUUCCUUCACUCUAGAAUUUUAGCACAUGUAAUCCAUUAUAUGCAAAAGUUAAAAAUAAAAUCAGUAAGAGCAUAAUCAGUAUGUUUGUACAUGUAAAUUGCAUAAACCAUCUUUAAUGUAAUCCAUUAUAUGCAAAAGUUAAAAAUAAAAUCUGAUUUAUUCAAAUUAAACAUUAAGGUUCUGUUUAAACUCAUUUAUGUUAUGCUUGUAUUAGAAUUUUGUAUCAUUCAGUUUUUAAACUAUUGUUGUUAGGAAUAUAAUAUAGCGAGAAAGAGUUAUGUGCUCCUAUCAUGGGGUUGAUAAUAGCGACAAAGCUGAAAAGUUUUCUGCAUUACUAAAUCUCCCUCCAUUAUCUUUGUUUAUGUUGUUUUGUCAACUCCGUCAAAAUAUCACAAUAGUACAUAUACCUGUGCCAUGGUUAGUCAUAAUAAUUAUGAUGAAAUAUGUAUUAACUGAAUAGGAAUAAUUUAUGUAAGACACAUCAUGUAUUUAUUGUGUGAGUAUAUUAUCUGUUUUGACUUUCAAUUUAUAGUUUAUCUCAUCUUGUGAUAUCUUAGGAAGUAUUGAUCACUAAAAGAGUUUGCAAGUUAAUAAAAGGUUGUGUGCAUCUAUGUAAUUUUGUUAUUCUAAAUAAUUUUUUUCAUCUAAUAUUUUUAUACUCUUUAAGGUUAUGACACCAAGUAAGCAAUGGAUGCAGCUUGUUGAUAAUCGGCUCGAUGAAGCCUAUUUAAUUGGGGUGCAGAAGUUUUUAGAUUAUGCUCUUAGAACAACAGGAGAAUCGUAUGAAAUACGAUGUCCCUAUGUCAAAUGUUGUAACACAACAUUAGGAACACGCGAGACAGUCGAGUCACAUUUGAAAGUAUAUGGAAUAAUAAAAAAUUAUACUUUUUGGUAUCACCAUGGAGAAGUUUUAGGUGAGCCACUGUCGGAACUUGAAGAUGAAGAUGAUAAUGAAGUAGAAGAAUACGAGAGUGAGGAUGAAAUAGAAGAAAUUUUGAGAGAUCUAUAUCCUAAUCAUGAUAGAAGCACUGCAGAUAUUGGUUGUGAUGAUUUACUUCAAGAGGAACCGAAUGUUGAAGCCAAAAGAUUUUACAGUCUAUUGAGGGAUUUUGAGAAGCCACUAUACCAAAACUCAAAAAUUUCAAAGCUUUUCACUUUGAUUAAAUUGCUUCACAUAAAAAGUAUGGGUUGCUGGAGCAAUGAGUCAUUUACAAUGCUAUUAAAAAUGUUAAAGGAUGAGUUGUUGCCCGAUGAAGCGGAUUUGCCAAAUUCAUAUUAUGAGGCAAAGAAGGUAAUUCGGAAUCUUGGGCUUUCCUACUAUAAGAUUGAUGCUUGUAUAAAUGAUUGCAUGUUAUACUGGAAGGAGGAUAAUUUACUUGAUUCUUGUAAAAUUUGUGGUGCAUCCAGAUGGAAAAUAAAUAAACAUAGCGGGGAAGCCAAGAAUAAAAAAGGCAAAAAGAUAGUAGCUAAGAGUUUGUGCUAUUUUCCAUUAAAGCCUAGACUUCAAAGGUUGUUUAUGUCUACAAAGACAUCUUCUCUAAUGACAUGGCAUCAUGAUAAAAGAGUUGAUGAUGGAAUAAUGAGGCACCCAGCUGAUUCAAUGGCUUGGAAAUCAUUUGAUGAACUUCAUCUCUCAUUUGCGGCCGAGCCUCGUAAUGUUCGACUUGGACUUGCUAGUGAUGAAUUUCAGCCAUUUCGCAAUUCAAAAACCUUAUAUAGCAUUUGGCCGGUGGUACUUAUUCCUUAUAAUUUACCACCUUGGUUGUGUAUGAAACAAGAAAAUUUUAUUAUGUCAAUGCUUAUUCCUGGUCCAGAUUGUCCAGGAGAUGCAAUUGACAUAUAUCUUCAACCUUUGAUAGAGGAACUAAAUGAGUUAUGAGAAAUUAGUGUUGAGACCUUUGAUGCAUCUACUGGACAGAAUUUUAAGUUGCAUGCUUCUUUGCUAUUCACCAUUAAUGACUUUCCAGCAUAUGGAAAUUUAUCUGGAUGGAGUACAAAAGGAAAAUUGGCAUGCCCAAUUUUGCAAUAAAGAUACUUUCUCAAUUAGAUGACCAAUAGUAAGAAAUAAUAUUUUAUGGGUCACCGACGAUAUCUUCCUCUUAAUCACAGAUGGAGGAAUGAUAAGGAGUCAUUUGAUGGCACAAAAGAGCGACGGCUCCCACCAAAAAUACGUUCUGGUAUUGAAAUACUUAAUCAAGUGCGGGAUCUUGAAGGGCUACAUCUAACGAAGGUUCCAAAGAAAAAGAUCAAAAUAUCACAUGAGAAUCGAAAGGAUAACUGGAAUAAGAGAAGUAUUUUUUUGAACUUCCCUACUGGAAAUCUUUGUUGUUGCGGCAUAAUUUGGACAUUAUGCAUAUUGAGAAAAAUAUAUGUGAUAAUAUUUUGGGGAUGAUCGUGAAUGCCAAAGGAAAGACCAAGGACACCAUUAAUGCUCGGCUAGAUUUGCAAGAAAUGAACAUUAGGCCGGAACUGCACCCCAUCAAAAAGGGAGAAAAGUACGAAGUUCCAACUGCAAGUUAUACAUUAUCUCCCCAAGAAAAGCACAAAUUAUGCCUCUUUUUAAAAAAUUUAAAGGUUCCAGAUGGAUUUUCAUCUAAUAUUUUUCAAUGUGAACUUGAAAUAACACAAGAUUUCUGGCUUAAAGAGUCAUGAUUGCCAUGUUCUUUUGUAACAUUUACUCCCUCUUGCACUACGUGGUAUGUUGUCCAAAGAUGUAUGUGAACCACUUAUUGAGUUGUCUUUAUUUUUCAAUAUGCUUGGAGCUAAGGUGUUAAUGAUGGAUGACUUGGAACGAAUUGAAGCACAAAUUCCUAUAACUCUUUGCAAGUUAGAAAAAGUCUUCCCUCCUUCAUUUUUUGAUGUCAUGGUACACUUGCCUAUUCAUUUGGCUAAUGAAGCUAUGCUUGCUGGACCUAUUCAAUAUCGGUGGAUGUAUCCUAUAGAGCGAUGGUUAUAUUUUUUAAAAUCUCUUAUUGGUAAUAGGGCUUGUCCAGAAGGCUCUAUCGCAGAGGGGUACCUUGCAAAUGAAUGUAUGACCUUGUGUUCAAGGUAUCUGCAUAGAAUUGAUACAAAUUUUAAUCGGCCUGAACGAAAUUAUGAUGGUGGCUUAAAAAAAUCUGAUGGAGGGUUAUCUCUAUUUUGUAAUUCUGGAAAAUCUUUGGGAGCUAAAAAACAGUGUGAACUUGAAGCAAAUGAAUUGGAGCAGGCACAUAUAUACAUACUAAAGAAUUGUGAUGAAGUUCUACCAUUUCUAGAAGAGUUUGCACAAAUUCAUGUAGAUGCUACUCAAAAUUUGUCUGAUGGAGAGUGGAACAGACAAUUUAUUGAAUGGUUUAAAGUUAGGGUUGCAAAAUUGCAUAAAGCAGAAAAUAGUCAGCUUAUGGAAGAUCUGCUCUCGCUUUCACGUGGUCCUACACCAUAUGUGACACAUUUUAAUGGCUACGUUGUUAAUGGAUAUAGAUUUCAUGGAGAAGAUUAUGAUAAACAGUUAAGGACUCAAAAUUGUGGUGUAAUUGUUGUUGGAGAGACUGAAAAACACAGUGAAAAUAUUGAUUACUAUGGAGUUUUAACUAAUAUUCUUGAAUUACAAUUCAUGGGUAGAAGAGUGGCUUUAUUUUGAUGUAAUUAGUUUGAUGUGUAUGAUAACACGAAAGGAGUUAAGAAAGAUGAAUAUGGUUGUGUAAGUGUUAAUUGGGGACGAUUUUUGAAAAUAAAUGAGUCUUUUGUAUUAGCGGACCAAGCAUCUCAAGUGUUUUAUGCUAAUGAUAAUUCCAAUAAAGGCUGGCGUGUAGUGAGAAAGAUGCAACCUCGUGAUUCCUAUGAGAUUGUGCAACAAACGGAUGAUGAUAUUGUAGAUUUAGAAAAUCACAAAAAUAAACGAAAAAGAACGAAUGUGACUGGAAAGGAGGUGGGAUCCACUAUGAAGUCUACUAACAAAUAUACAUUCGUUGCACCUGGUGCUAUUGGGAAGGACCGAGGGCGAGGGCUUAGAUCUAUGGUUGUCUGAUUCUACCAAACAUGCUGCUUAAGAAAUACAAACUGACAUUUCAUUUUAUACAUCUACUGAUGAAGUUAUGAAAUACAUUCAAACAGGUGAAACAAGUGCUAUAGCAAAGGAACAGGGGUGAGGGCUUAGAUCUAUGUGUUCUUCGGGGAUGUUAGAAAAUAAGUUGGGAUCCUCCUUCCAUCAGAGGAUUCUUUAUGCUAGUCAAAGUGUGCCAAGAAUUUCUAACAAUACAAGAUCAGAUUCUACAUUGUCUGCUGCUCAAGAAAUGCGAAGCACGAUUAAAAUCCCCUCGGUUCUUGAGAAAGAUCAUAUGCAAACCGAUGUUUCAUUUUCUCCAUCUACUGAUAAAGUUAUACAAUCUCCCAAAUCAGUCGAACCAAGUGCUAUAGGGAUGAGACGAGGACGAGGGCGAGAGCUUAAAUCGUUGUCCUAUUCAGAGGUUUCUGGAAAUAAGGUGGGAUCCUUUCAUCAUAAUGCUCUUUACGCUAGUCAAGGCAUGGCAAGAACUUCUAACAGCACAAAAUCAAAUUAUACAAUGUUUGCUGCUCAAGAAAUGCGAACAACAAAUGUAACUCCCUCUGUUCAUGAGAAAAAGCAUGUGCAAACUGAUAUUGCAUUUUCUCCAUCUACUGGUCAAGUGAUGGAAUCUACCCAAACAGUUGAACCAAGUUCAUGUACUAGUAAGGUAAAAAAAGUUCGAGGAAGUAACAAGUACAAAGAAGUUGCAUCACUUGAAGUGGGGCAGAAGCUAAAAGUAACAUUUUACAAUAAUCGAACAGUUGGAAAGAAUAGCAAUCUAUUUGCGAGGCCCUUGGGAAAAUUAGUUCGUGACCAUAAUAUGUGUCCGUUGGGUGUAUCAUCGUGGGAUGACAUUAAGGAAGAAAAAUUAAAUCAUAUGUGGGCAGCUGUUGAGGAUAAAUUUGAAAGUGAUGACAUGGAUAUUCAUCGGGAUCAUAUUUUGAGUUGGAUGAAAGAAUUAUGGAAUAAAUGGAGAGGACAAUUGCAUGCAAAGUAUGUGAAGGGUAAGCCAAUACAAAAGGCUCUUAGAAAUGUGCCAAAGGGAGUAGAUAAAAAAUAAUGGGAAUGGUUGAUAAAGGAGCAUUUUUCUUCAGAAAGUUUUCAGGCGAGAAGCCAUAGGAACGCAUCAAAUAGAGCUAAGCUAAAGAUGCUUCAUCAUAUUGGUAGCAAGCCAAUUAGAGAAAUUAUUUAUCAAAAGGGUGGAAAAGAUGGCAACCCACCAGAUUUGGCAACUAUUUUCUUUGAGACUCGCAAGAAGAAUAACACACUUGUUGAUUUUGAAACAAUUGAGAAACAUGCUCAAAUCCAAGAAUUGGUGAUGUCCGAACCGUCUCUUCCAAGCAUAGAGAUUGUAGAAAAGUGCUUUGGACCUCAAACUCGUAGCCAUGUAUUUGGUUUUGGAGGUGGAGUAAAAACAAAAGACUUGAAAGGUGGGAACUAGUCUAAAUAUCUAAAUAGUGUUAAGAACUAGUCUAUUGAUUUUCAGGACAAUUUUGGGAUCUGUUUCUAAAUAUUUGUGGUGUGUAUUGUGGGACAUAUACAAUAACACGUGCUAAUGAGAAGUGUAGCAUAGAUAA